GUCAGUGUGCUGUGGACUCAGUGUUGUUUUACUAGUGAGGAUGUUGCUGACUUUCUAUCUUCUCUUCAUCGGGCUUCAUGUCUCUGAAGGCUGCACUCUAGAAAACAGAGGAGAAGUACUGAAUAUAGCAGCUCAUGCAGGAGGGUCAGUAUUGCUGCCCUGCUACUGCACUGACCAACACACCACACCUGAGAGAUUCAGCUGGAAGAAAGACAACAAAGACACAUGGGAAGAGAUAUCCAUUGAGAGUGGUCAGUACAGAGACAGAGUUCAGCUGUUUAAUGGUCACUCUCCAGGAAACGUCUCUCUACUCAUAUCACACCUGACUGAAGAGGAUGGAGGAGAUUAUCAGUGCUCUGUUGAAGGUGCUCAUUUAAUCAUCAGACUGACUGUAAAAGGCUGCCCUCUGGAAAACAGAGGAGAAGUACUGAAUAUCACAGCUCAUACAGGAGGGUCAGUACUGCUGCCCUGCUACUGCCCUGACCUACACACCACACCCAAGACAUUCAGCUGGAAGAAAGACAACAAAGACACAUGGGAAGAGAUAUCCAGUGAGAGUGGUCAGUACAGAGACAGAGUUCAGCUGGGUAAUGGUCACUCUCCAGGAAACGUCUCUCUACUCAUAUCACACCUGAUUGAAGAGGAUGGAGGAGAUUAUCAGUGCUCUGUUGAAGGCGUACAUUUAAUCAUCAGACUGACUGUAAAAGGCUGCCCUCUGGAAAACAGAGGAGAAGUACUGAAUAUCACAGCUCAUACAGGAGGGUCAGUACUGCUGCCCUGCUACUGCACUGACCUACACACCAAAGUUAAGACAUUCCGCUGGAAGAAACAGAACAGAUCCACACACAAACAAGAAGAGAUAUCCAGUGAGAGUGGUCAGUACAGAGACAGAGUUCAGAUGUUUAAUGGUCACUCUCCAGGAAAUCUCUCUCUACUCAUAUCCCACCUGACUGAAGAGGAUGGGGGAGAUUAUAUCUGUGCUGUUAAAGGUUCACGUUUAACCAUCAAACUGACUGUAAAAGGCUGCCCUCUGGAAAACAGAGGAGAAGUACUGAAUAUCACAGCUCAUGCAGGAGGGUCAGCACUUCUGCCCUGCUACUGCCCUGACCUACACACCAAAGUUAAGACAUUCCGCUGGAAGAAACAAAACAGAUCCACACACAAACAAGAAGAGAUAUCCAGUGAGAGUGGUCAGUACAGAGACAGAGUUCAGGUGUUUAAUGGUCACUCUCCAGGAAAUCUCUCUCUACUCAUAUCCCACCUGACUGAAGAGGAUGGGGGAGAUUAUAUCUGUGCUGUUAAAGGUUCACGUUUAACCAUCAUACUGACUGUAAAAGGCUGCCCUCUGGAAAACAGAGGAGAAGUACUGAAUAUCACAGCUCAUGCAGGAGGGUCAGCACUGCUGCCCUGCUACUGCCCUGACCUACACACCAAAGUUAAGACAUUCCGCUGGAAGAAACAAAACAGAUCCACACACAAACAAGAAGAGAUAUCCAGUGAGAGUGGUCAGUACAGAGACAGAGUUCAGAUGUUUAAUGGUCACUCUCCAGGAAAUCUCUCUCUACUCAUAUCCCACCUGACUGAAGAGGAUGGGGGAGAUUAUAUCUGUGCUGUUGAAGGUUCACGUUUAACCAUCAAACUGACUGUAAAAGCUUCUCUGCCCUUCGUCCCCUUUGCCUUGGUGACUGUGAUCUUUCUCCACAUUAUAGUAGCUGUGGUUUAUCACACCAAGAGGAACAAAGAUCCUCACUACAGCACUGCCGAUGGAGAUGGAGUGGUCAGUCUGGAGUAGUGCACAUGCUCUUCAGUGGAAAGAAUUACAUCCAGGCGCUGAACAUAUAGAAGCAAAACAUAC